GUCACGGGCAGCAGAACGGGCUCGUGUAGAGGAGAUUGAGCGGCAAGAGUCCAGAAGGAUUCAGUCUCCAAAUCGAGCUGGCGCAAUGGCAGACAGCAAGCAAGUAGCUGCCAAGCAUCAGCAAAGCUUGCAGUCACGGGCAGCAGAACGGGCUCGUGUAGAGGAGAUUGAGCGGCAAGAGUCCAGAAGGAUUCAGUCUCCAAAUCGAGCUGGCGCAACAGCAGACAGCAAGCAAGUAGCUGCCAAGCAACAGUCUCAAAAUCGACCUGGAGCAACGGCUAGCAAGCAAGUGGCAGCAGAGCGGCAUCAAGACUUGCAGCCAGAGAGCGAGGAAGGCCAUGAAGAUUAUCUUGAUGAUCUCGGCCGUGAGUCAGGGGAAGUGGCAAGUGAAGAUGAUUUGCUGUACCCAGACUCCAAGCACAGUGCUGAGCCCAAGCCAGUCCAUGAGAGUCAGGGACGGAGCAUGCAGCCCACUCAGAGGCGUCGCAGCAGUGAAGCUGACGGUGAACACAAUGGUCCUCGGCGGGGCCCAGUGUCAGCUGGUGGGCAGAGUCGCGGAUCCAGAGGCUCCAGGGAUUCUGGUCAAGCUCAGCAAAGACACAGCCAAAAAGAAUCGGAGUUGGCUCAAAGAAAGUCUUUGGAGACUUCUGGAGCAAAGGCAUCUCAGAGGUCCAGUGCAGCCAAGACGUCUCCAAACGUCAGCAGGUCUGAGCCGGGUGGAGCAGGGCAGAUUCCUACCCCGGAGGUGAUGUCCAAAGCUGCCCGCGCGCGAAGCCUCCUCUAUGUGGCUCCAAAGACUCAGGGCACCGCCCCAGCUGCAACGGCCGAGAUGUCCGGAUCACUGUCAUCCACUCUGGGAGUGUCCAAGAAGCCGAGCAGAUCCCAGCCACAAUCGCAGAAUGUGCAGAAAGUGCAGAAUGGCAAGAAGAGCCCCAAUCCAACUCCGGCAACAACUUUGACAGAAGAAGAACUGGCUAGGAGAGAUUCUGCACCGCCGAGUUUCUUGUGCGGACGCAGCUUUGGACGUUCAGAUGGAGUCCUUUUGCCAUUGAGGUCUAAAGAGCGGCAUGUACACUCGCUGGAGAAUUCUCCUUCGCCUACUUCCGAGCGCGGCCUGCAGGACCUGACUCGAGGGGAGCAGCCCCAGCUCCUGUGGGAGCGCUCCUUGUCACCUGAUGCCCGGGCAAAUCGCUCGUCGCUGAUCUCCUUUGGAAAGCCUGAAAACUUCGACACUGGUGACAGGUCCACUGCGUCCAAGUCACCCGGCAGGCCUGUGACAACUAGCCGCUCGCCUAGCUCCAGGGUCAGUCCCAGGAGUCACGGGACGCCCAGUCCCAUGGGGCGGUCUGGGAGAUCUACAUCGCCCUACUCCAACCGGGCCAUUUAUGUCUCAGACACUCCUUGGUCCCGACCUCCGCCAUCGCCCGUAGCCACGAAAGCUUGGAAAUGAUCCAUGUCCCAAAUCAGACCAGAGGCUGCUGAAGGGUGCCUGUGCGGCCACGGCAGCCACCGGAUGGCCUCAAAAUGUUUCACUCCCAAAAAACGCUUUACAUCCACCGUUGGAGUGGGGUGCAGCAAGUGAUGACCUUGUCAAAAAACAAUAG